CUUUUCUUCCUCCCCUUUUAACACCUCCUGUGGAAUUUAACUCAAACCUUUCGGUGACUUCUUGCCGUCGGUAAAAUACUACAUCUGAUUAACUGCCAUCGAGCUCCCUUUUGGUCCCUUACUUGGUGAUCCUCUUUCUGCUUCCCCUCCCCCUUUUCCUCCCCGCAUUCUUCGAUUUUGUUCGCGCUCGGGUGCGGGGUGUCAACACAGCCAGCAGUCCACAGAUCGCAUCGAGGCUACUUGAAGUGAAAAGUACCACAGAGUGGUCCUAUCUUGGUUUCAAUCUCUUUACUUUAUCAUUCUCCUCCCACAAUGGCCGACGAACAGAGCAAAAAGCCGGCCGUCCUGAUCGUUGGUGGUUUAGGAUUUAUCGGUCGCCAUCUCGCUCUUUACCUGCAUGAAAAUAACUUGGCUUCGGAGGUUCGACUAGUUGAUAAAGUCCUGCCUCAGCUGGCCUGGUUGGCCCCUGAGUUCCAGGAAGCUUGCUCAAAAGAUAAAUUCGUCCAGGCUGAUGCCAGCCGUGAACAGCACUUCCCUCGUAUCUUUGACCGUGCCAAUGGCGAACAAUUUGAUUAUGUGAUCAACUGUGGAGGUGAAACCAGGCAUUCGCAACCCGAUGACGUCUACGAAGUCCGCAGUUACGCCCUCACAGUCGCCUUGGGUCGCGAAGUCGCCCGCCGAGGUAUCCGCUCUUUCGUUGAGUGCUCAACCGCUCACGUCUACAAAGGCGGCUCGAGUCCGCGUAAGGAAGAUGAUAAACUGCAGCCGUGGCACAAGCUGGCCAAGUGGAAGAUGAAGGCCAGCGAGGAGCUGCAAAAAAUCCCCGGUCUCAAUUAUUGCUUGCUUCGUCUGCCCCACGUCUACGGAGAAUACGACUCGGGCUACUUCGCAAUGGGAAUAUGCCUUGCUCGCGUUCACCUGGAGCUCGAGAAGGAUCUGGAGCUUCUUUAUACUAAGGAUCUGAAGAUCAACACCGUAUAUGUCAGGGACGCAGCCAGCGCCUUGUGGAAAGCGGCUGAGUGGAGAGCAAACGCCCCCACGGACGGUUCAGCGCCCCUUGCAUUCAACGUGGUCGACCACGGCGAUACUCGCCAGGAAGAUAUCGCAAAGGCUCUCUCUGAAGUUUUCAAGCUCAAGUGUGACUUCUUGGGCUCUUUAGCUUCCCAAUUCGCGAAGCUGAACCUUGAUGAUGUUGUGGAUGACAUGAACGAGGAAUGCUUACAGGGAUGGGCUGACUUGCUCGAAGAGAAGAAGAUCGAACGGCCUGGACCCAUUGGCCCAUUCCUGGAGAAGGAUGUACUGAAGGACCAAGACAUGUGUCUGGAUGGGACGCUAUUCGAGACGACCACUGGAUGGAAGCCAUCCCGAGAGCGCUUCGACGCCGAUGCCGUACGAGACAUGGUUGAAAGUUACAAGCGAAUGGGCUGGUGGCCAUAGACGACCCCACACGUGAUAUUCCUGUUUUCAUGUUCCCGACCCGGCCUCUACACGAGCAUAACAGCGAGGUUGAUGACGCAUAUGAGAGCUAUUCCUACUCCCACCGUGCAUGACCACGCAUUGCCCUCUCAGAACACACCAACUCGACCUUAUCCUCGGGCAAAAAGCACAUAGACCUGUCGCAUCCGCAUCCACUCAUCUCAAGUUCGCAUGUUGUAUACCACGGACCGUUUCUGCAUGUAAUCUGUAAUAUUCUGUUUGGGUCUCUGGGUUUCCGUUCUUGAGCAACUGGUAUGUUCUAUAUCCUUCUUGCAUUUAUACAUUCUUCUGUCACUGGCUGGGGCUGGAUGGUGUGCCCUUUUGAUUAUGAACAUCAUGCACAUCUUAGACUACUUAUAUCUUUCUUCUUUUAUUUGUUGCACUACAUACACUACGG